AUGGACAUAGAGAAUAAUGGUAUAUAUAUGGAGAAUAGUUCCAGAAUCAAAGGUAUUAGGAGAUUGUUCAAAGACAACAAAACGUAUAUUAUAGCCAUGACUAUCAUUGCCAAUUUCAUCCUAUUUUAUAGCCUCCAUCUACUAAAUACGAGGUUCAGUGAGGCGUUUCCAUUCGUUUUGCCUCGAGCUGAGAAAUAUACAUUAGAACAAACAUCAGAUUCAAAUCUUGGGGAUUUUGUUAAUAGCUUUGAAAACAAAGAAAUCUUUAGUCAAGUACAAUUUUCCGAACAUGCAUUUUAUGAUCGAAAGAUGAAUGUGGUAGGUACAAUUGAGUAUUCCAAGUAUAACCAAUUUCAAAAACAACCAUAUGUUGCUAAUGGAUAUAUUGGAAGUAGAAUACCCAACUUGGGACACGGGUUUACCUACGACCAACUAACUGAGUCUCCUGAUUCUAAAAAAGACGACUUGUAUAAUGGGUGGCCAUUGUUUGACAAAAGGUUUUCUGGAGCAUUUAUAGCUGGGUUUUAUGACCUUCAGGAAAACACCACGGGAAACAACUUUCCUGAACUUUUGAAAAAUGGGUAUGAGAGUGUGAUAUCAGCAAUUCCACAAUGGACCACAUUGAAACUAGCAAUUCAACAUGGCGAUAAACGAUAUACAUUGGACCCUGCCUCACCUGAUGGAGUUGGACAGAUAACGAAUUAUGUCCAGAAUAUGUCUUUAUCAACAGGCAUUGUAACUACUCAAUUUACUUGGUUGGAAUCGCUAGACGUUAGGUACACUGUUCUCGCACAUAGAUCGGAAAUCAACUUGGGGUUGGUUAAGGUGGAUAUUAAAAAUAAAGGAAAUGAUACUGUGGAGAUUGAUGUAAUUGAUGAGUUGAAUUUCGAUACAGCACAGAGGUGUCUGUUGAAUUUAAUUGGUCAUGACAACUCUGGUAUUUAUGUGUCAUUUCUGCCGGAUAAUUUGGACUACAUUUCUGGUGCGAUUUACUCAACGCUUCAUCUCGAUAGCGUCAAGCGUCAUUCAAAAAACAAGAAAACGAACCAAACGUCACUGAUACGACUACAUGCACAGGAUUCCACCCAAUUUGGAAAAACAGUUGGCAUUGUGUCCACAGAUCUUGAUCCUUCAAAGUUCAAAAACUCACGAGAUACACUUGAAUUUGCCAAAAAGGUUUCGCAAAAGUUUGAAUACUUAGACUUGGUGAUAAAGUCUCAUGUUCGAGCAUGGAAGGAAUUGAUGGGGAAACAAUCGACGAUAACAUUCCCAAAUGAUCCCUUACUAGAUUUAGGGUCCAAGGCAUCAGUUUACCACUUGCUAGCCAAUACGCGUCCCGACGCCCAGGGGUUGACAGGAGCACUUGGUGUUGCUGGAUUGAGCUCAGACAGUUAUGGUGGUAUGGUGUUUUGGGAUACCGAUUUUUGGAUGUUUAGGGCUAUAUUGGCGCUCGAUCCUACUCAUGCCAAAAGUAUUGUCAAUUACCGGAUGCAUACCCACCAGCAAGCUUUGAAAAACACUCCUCAAGGCUAUGAAGGUGCUGCUUAUCCCUGGACAAGCGGAAGAUUUGGAAAUUGUACGGCAACGGGUCCAUGUUUGAAUUAUGAAUAUCACAUCAACUCAGCCAUUGCUAUGGCGGCAUGGGAAUUGUACAUUAGCGGUGCAGUAGAUGAUCAAUAUUUGGAAAGCACGGUCUACCCCUUGAUCAGUGAUGCGGCCAAGUUUUACGCGGACUACGUGACAAGUUACAAUGAAACAAUUGACAAGUUUAUCACCAGCAACCUCACGGACCCAGAUGAGUAUGCCAACCACGUUGACAAUGGAGCAUAUACAAAUGCUGGCAUAGCUUUACUUAUGAACUGGAUAAAUGAUAUUGGUGAUAUAUUGGGUAUAAAAAUGCCCGAAAUUUACACUGACAUUUCUCAAAAGAUGUACCUCCCCACUGCGGACAAUUCACAAAACAUUACAUUGGAGUAUUCUGGGAUGAAUUCCUCAGUUGGUAUCAAGCAAGCAGAUGUCGUAUUGAUGACGUAUCCUUUGCAGAAUAGUUUGGUUGAUGAUGAGCAAGCCUAUAUAAACAUGGAGUUCUAUUCAGGAAAGCAAGUGAGCUAUGGACCAGCAAUGACUUUUUCAAUCUUUUCCAUUGUGGCAGCUAAUUUGGCCACUAGUGGAUGUGCAUCACAAUCGUAUUUGCACAAGGCUAUGCAACCAUAUUUGAGGGGACCAUUUGCCCAAUUUUCGGAACAAAAUAACGACAACUUCAAAACCAAUGGCGGUACUCAUCCGGCAUACCCAUUCUUGACAGCACAUGGAGGGUUUAUACAAGCUGUUGUGAAUGGAUUAACUGGGUUAAGACAUUCUUACACCAUUGACAAUGGUAAGAUUAGGAGAUCAUUGUUUUUGGACCCAAUUGCAUUGCCAUGCUUGGGUGAUGGAGUUCAAUAUAGCGGGAUUCAUUAUGAUAACCACACGAUUUCAAUGAAUAUCACUGGCUCAACUUUUGUGAUUCGAAAUGAGGGAAAGACAAAUAAGAGGGCAAAUGAUUACAUAUCUAUAACGAUUGCUGAUAGAAAUCCUGGUCGUGGAACUUACAAGUUAAAAGACAAUGAAGAGAAAUCAUUUAAGUUAUACCAACCCAGCAAGAUUUUCGAAGAUAGCGUAUCCGAAUGUGGGUUGGCGACAUUUUACAACAUCACUGAGAGUGCCCCAGGUGACUCCUCGUUUCUGAUCAAUGAUGGAGAUAAUACCACCAGAUGGCAAGUGAAAUAUAAUGAUACUACUGGAAAAGUUUUGAUUGAUUUGCACUCGAUAAAAAACAUAACUGGUGUUGUGUUUAACUGGGCUGACAAACCACCCAAAAAGGUUAAACUUCUGAAGUAUAUGGGUACUAAAUUCAAGGAUGUCACUGAUUUUUUGGCAAAAGUUGAUUUUGGUAACUAUGUGUAUAAAAACUACCGUUUUGCCAACCCUGGGGAAAAGUUGUUGAAUCAGAGUGAAGUAUUUGAGAACGUGUACUCGGAUGAUGUCACGAUAAAUGCACCAUUUUCCAGCAAAGAAUUGGAAGAAGUUAUUGUUCCUGUACGGCAUAACACAACAUCUUGGAAUAUCAACUUGCAAGGCAGGUUCCUUUUACUUGAAGUUGAUGGAAUACACAACACAAUACCGAUAGAAGAUGAUUAUGGUGGUGCCAAGCUUGCGGAAGUAAACUUCUUUUAA